AUGGAGGACACCCUGUCUGGGGAGGAGGGCGAGGAAGAGGAAGAGGAAAAGGAGGAGCCAGUCCCAGCCCCCCAGGACCCUGUGGAGCCUCAGCUGACAGAAGCCAGCCAGGUCUUGGGCGCCUCAGAGAUUAAGCAGCUCAGUCUCCACCUGCCCCCGAGAGUCACUGGCCACCCCUGGAAUCUGGUCUUCCGCACUUCAAGGGAUGGCUUCAGUCUGCGGAGACUGUACCGGCAGAUGGAAGGUCACAGUGAGCCAGUACUGCUGGUGUUGAGAGACCAGGAUGGGCAGAUGUUCGGUGCCUUCUCCUCCUCAGCUAUCCGACUCAGCAAAGGCUUCUAUGGUACUGGCGAGACAUUCCUCUUCUCCUUCUCCCCACAGCUAAAGGUCUUUAAGUGGACAGGAAGCAACUCUUUUUUUGUGAAAGGAGACCUGGACUCAUUGAUGCUGGGCAGUGGAAGUGGCCAGUUUGGGCUGUGGUUGGAUGGGGAUUUGUACCAUGGUGGAAGCUACCCCUGUGCUACUUUCAACAACGAAGUGCUGGCCCGGCGGGAGCAGUUCUGCAUCGAGGAGCUGGAAGCCUGGGUUCUAAGCUGACAUCUCCCAGGGCCAGAGAUGCUCGGGUCACUUCCGGA